AUGCUCUUACGAGCUUCCAUACUUGUCCUAUUCGCCCUAGCGGCUACGAUCAAUGCUCACGUGAAGCUCGUCUAUCCGGUCGCACGUGCGCCGGCUCUCGAUUACUACAGCUCGGCGAACAGCGAUGGAGCAUGCGGUGUCAAGAAACCAGCAGUUGGACAAGGGGUUCGGACGUACUUCAAGGCUGGCUCCACCAUCGAAUUGGAAUGGUUCAUUGGUGUUCCUCAUAUGGGAGGAAUUCGAUUGGAAGUGCUGAACUCGAUGGAUGAGCCGAUCGCCAUCUUUACCAACUUCAAUGAUCCAUUCAAUGUGACUGAGACGACGAAAAAGGUCGAGCUCCCGCCAAACUUUGAAUGCAACGAUUGUGCCAUUCGUAUGACGUCGCAAGCCACCGAGUAUGGCAACUCAUAUUUCUUCUUCUCAUGCGCCGAUAUCAACAUUGUGAACAAGAUUCCUGACGGAAACACUUGCUUGAAUCAUGGAAAUCGGGUUAAUGGUGUUUGCCAAUGUCUCGAAGGAUACUACGGCGACGAUUGUCAGCAUCUCGAUGAGUGCAAGGAAGAUGAUGAUUGUGGUGUUCAAGGAUACUGUAAGAGGACUGGUGACAGUCCGAGAUAUCAGUGCUUCUGCCCAGUUAGCAGAUUCGGAAAGAAUUGUGAAGAAGAAUCGGAUACCAUUCGUAGCGUCAGCGAUUUCGAUGAAUCGCUCUAUGAGAAGCGUGAGGAUCAAGGCAAUAAGAUCUACUGGAGAAUUAUCAAAGAUGAGAUCGAAUUUGUGCUCCGCUAUCCGACGCAGUCCUGGGUUGCUCUUGGAUGGAAGGCUCCUGGCCAGACAUGCGAGCUUACUGCCGAAGAGUUCACAAUCCCUGAAGUCAUCCGCAACGCUACACACCGCGAGCAAUUUGACGCCGGAGAAAAGGAGUGCGGACCAAAUGAGAAAUGGUCGGAAUGCCCGGAAUCGUCUCGCGAAUGUGAGCACUCUUGCGAUUGGACCCACUUCCCUGAGACCACUCCAAACUGUCCAAAUGCGUGCGGAACUCCAAGAUGCAUCUGUAACGAGGGAUUCGUGCGAAUGGCGAACGAUGAAGACGCAUGCGUACCAUUCGACUUUUGCGAUAAGACCGUUGAGGACGAAUCUUCAUGCCCGUCGAACUCGACGUGGGCGAAAUGUGGAACUGCUUGCGAACCGACGUGCGCCAACAUGUACGACACUGCACCAUGCCCAGCUAGCUGUGAGAAACCAGCGUGCACGUGCGCUGACAACUAUGUUCGCCACAAUGGGGAAUGCAUUUAUUGGGGAGAUUGUCCAGAGAUUGCUGAUCGGACGACAUCGGCGAAAGUUGAAACAACCACAGCAUCUUCAACAAUUGAGAAGAAUGAUAUCAACACAUCUCCGAUCGUUGAACACACUACCAUCAAGACAACUGUAACUGAAUGCGCUUUGAAUGAGACAUUGAACGAAUGCGGAAGAGUUUGCGAGCCGGACUGUGUUAGCAUCUUCACCAGAACAGAUUGCACUGAUUGCGGAUCUGCUGCCUGUGCUUGCAUUCAAGGCUACGCGAGAAAUUCUAAGGGACAAUGCGUCUAUUGGGGAGAUUGUUCUCCAGAAGAGCAAAAAGCUACCACGACCACCAAGGCUCCAGAAGUUACUCAGAAACCAGUGGCUCCGCCACCAAGUGUUAACGGCGAUGUUUGCUAUGGAGAUUUCCGUUAUCCAGCUGGUUGCUCUGACUGUGAAUACAAGUUGUCGUGGAACUAUUUGGAGGAAACUGAAGAGAUCGAAUUCUCGUUGGAAACGCGUCUUGGAGAAAACUCAUGGACCGGCGUUGGAUUCAGCGAGGAUGGAACUAUGAAUGAUGCUGAUAUGAUCAUUGUGACGUCUCGAAACGGCAAGCUUCGUGUCAACGACAUGACUAGCAGAGGAUACGACCAGCCAGCUCUUGACGCUCAGCAGGAUGUCAAACCGUCGGGAGAUGUCAUCGGAUCGCACUCGAACGGAGUUCUCCGCGCGCAGUUCAUCAGAAAAGUCAACACCGGAGAUUCGACCGACAAACAGUUCGACAAGUGCUGGAAGAUGCUUUAUCCACUUGCUGGAGGAAAAUUGGAUCAGUACGGAAAUGUGUCGAUUCAUUUGAGCACACCGGUAUCGUCUGAGAAGCCAGUCUGCAUUCGAAGCUGUAGCAAGAGCGCGGCAAAACCAUCUCAGAAGGCUCCAGCUAGCUGUAUCAAUGAGUAUCGAUUCCCAGAAGGUUGCACUGGCAAUGACUGCGACUAUAUUGCCAAAUGGAACUACGAUUCUACCACGAAGGAUGUGCGAUUCGAAAUUACCAGCAAGACUAACGGAAGAUGGACUGGAAUCGGAUUCUCCAAAGAUGGACAGAUGACCAAUGCUGAUGUGUACACUGGAUGGGUUUAUGAUGAAAAGGCUUACAUCACUGAUCGAUUUGCUUAUGGACGUCAGCUUCCAGCUAUUGAUCCCGCUGAUCGCCAGGAUAUCUAUGAUAUUGGAGGAAAGUCUGAAGAUGAUUCGCAAACUAUCUGGUUCCGCCGAAAGCUGAUACCUAAGGAUUCGAUCACCGAUCUUCCAUUGAAUAAAUGCCAAUACUUUUUGUUCCCAGUUGGUGGCGGAAGAGUUCUCGCCAAGAAGAGCUCCGACUUCACAAACCCGAAGACCCCAAUUGGAUAUCAUGAUCAAGUUCAGCCACAAAUCUCGGCUACCAAAAUCUGCCUUUGCGAUGAGGCUGGCGUCAAGGUCUCUCAGGAACUUCCAGCUAGAGUGAAGCGAUCUGUUGCCAAGAGAGCUACCAGCGGAAUGCAUUGCGCCGACAUGGUUGUUGGAAUGGUCUCGAGUGGAAGAGCCCGUGUUGUCGACAUGUACUCGCCAUCGAAGGCAACACCAAUGAUGGAUGAAUUCUUCGGUGGAAAGAACUCUUUGACAUCUGCUGCUGCCUUCCAGGAGGACGCCGUCACAACAGUGAUCUUCCGCAAGAAGCUUCAAUCGUCUGAGAAAUGGGACAACUCAUUCGUGCCAGGACCAAUGACGGUUAUCUGGGCUCAUGGAGCUGAUCCGAUGAACUACGUGCACACUACCGGCGGAGCACCAAUUCAAGCUGAUAAGGAAUUCUUCAGCAAGUCGUUCAAGUACCACGGAAAGAAUCAGAGAGGAAUCAUGACGAUUGACUUCUUCGAGAAUGUUCAGAAGACUGUCCACGGAAUGCACUUGGACAUGGACACUUGUACCGGAAGCAUCGAAUUCCCAGAAGGAUGCAAGGAAUCGGAAUGCGCUUACAAGGUUACUUGGAUUUCCGAUGGACAGGUUGCCCGCUUCACAGUUAAAUCGAAGGUUGAAUCGAACCAAUGGACUGCGCUUGGAUUCUCAACUGAUGGAAACAUGGCUGCUGCCGAUGCUGUGGUCAUCGGCGUUCAGAACAAUGCUAUCACUGUCACCGACCAGUUCAUGCCCAACUACGGUCGGCCAGUCGUCGAUGAGCAACAAGACAUCUUCGAUGUCGAAACCGCUUAUAUCAACGGAAUCCUCACUGCGAACUUCUCUCGCGAGCUUCACAGUGACGACGAGUUUGACGUUGAUCUUCAAGAGUGCGUCUACCUCCUCUACACACCAAGUGGUGGAGUUAUUGAGAAGAACGGAGAGAUUCGAAAACAUCAAGAAUCACCUUUGAAGAGUCACACCAAGAUAUGUCUCAACAAGUGCACUGAGGCUCCAGGCACCACCACCACAUCGAAUGCGGUUGUCACGUCGACCACUAAAUCGACGACAUCGGAAGCCGUCACCACUACUUCCACUACUACAACCACUGAGACUCCAAUGGUUGAGAAGAAGGACAAGAAGGUUCUCAUGCCACCAAUGAUCACCAAAAAGCCAUUCACUGUUUACGACCCAGAAGUCGAUGUCAAGAAGCGAUAUGGACUCCGCGUCAGAAUCCUCAACAGAGAUUUCACCAAAGAACUCAUGGAUCCAAAAAGCGAAUAUUAUCAAUUGUUCACCAAGGAUGUCACCAAAGCUAUCAACAAUCUUUUGGCGAAACGCUGGAAGGGAAUGCAAGUGUCGAAGAUCAUCGGUUACGAGAAGGGAUCGGUUAUUGCCGAAUUCGAAGUCGUUGCUACUGAUGAUGUUGCGAAGAGCAUGGAACUCAAGUCGCUUGUUGAAGAGACGGCGAUUCGCGGACCAGUUGACGGAUUCUCCAUUGAGCCAUCCACUGUCAAGGCUUCUGAAAUUGACGAUUCUCUUGAGCCAUCUGAAGAAGACAAACUCAACGAUUGGCCAAUGUGGAGAAACAUCGCGAUCAUUGCUUUGUGUUCCGUCUUCAUGCUCAUUUUUGUUUCGCUGAUCUGCUGCCUUCUCUGCCGAUGCAGAAGAAGCUCGACAUAUUCAGCCUAUCCGGUGGCGGAUGCUCAUAUGUCGUAUGGAGCCCGAAUGCUUGGAGAGAAAUCGGGAUUCGACAAUGCCAUGUACCAUCAGCCAACUCGGUACUACUCGCAAAGUGUCGCCUCGACAAAGCUAUCUGGAUCGGACGGAGGUCAACCUGAGAAUGCUCCAGGAGGUGUUGGAGAGACAACAUACCAGGAGUGGUAUUCGAAAGUUGGCUCGAAGCCAGCUUCCCAGCAGCACGAGGAGGCCCCAAUUGCGCCAGCUGUGCAAUCCAGACCGCCAUCAACCACCCCGUAUGUUUCGUAUCCGAAUGAUCCGACAGGAUAUUAUACUCUUGGCGGUAAGAAUCGGGCAACCGGUCCAGUUCCUCCAUCUAAUAAAUACCAGAAGUAUUAA